AUGACAACCCGUAAGACCCAACCGGCGAUACCGGGCACACCGUCUGCCGUCGCCGUGGCACAAGAAGCUCAGGCGGCACCGGGGCCGGUGGCCAUCGCGGCCCACGCUGGCAAACCACCUCAGGGUGGCAGCGGCGGUGGCGUGGGCGGCGAGGCUCCGGCGGUUAGAGCAAUCGUCGGCACCGCUGCCGCUCGCGGUUUCCUCACCUCGAAGAGAAAGAGGAGCCAGACUGCUGCCGUCCGGCCGUCGGCCAGUGGACCUUCCCGGGGAGCGCCGAACGCGCGGCAGCGGCAGCAGCAGCUACCUCCGUCGUCGUUGCGUGGUGCCUCCUCCACCGGCGUUCCGGUCACCACCCAGGCGCGAAACAAUUCAGGGGCCGCAGCGCCGGCAAGCGCAGCGACAGCGGCUGUCGGUUUGGGAUUUUUUGGGGGUGCGACGGGGGCGCCGGCGGCGCCUGCGGUAGGACCCGGGCCGGCGAGAGCAAUCGGAGGGGUAGCCGAACGGGUGCUGCCUGCUGAUGGGCAGGCGCGCGCAGCGGCGGGGCGGAGGCCGGUGGUAGCGGUACCGACGUCGUGCCAGCCGGUGAAUGGUGCUCCGCCCGCGGCAGGUAGUGUCGGCGUCGGCGGUGUCGGCGGCGGCGGCGGCGGCGGCGGCGACCUGAACAGGCCGGACCUAGUCGCAGUCCAGCAACGCCGGAUUGCCCAGCAAAGGGCCAUACCGACCCCGGUGGUGCCUAGCAGUGCUCCCGUCGCGGUCCCUGCCACUCCCGCGAGCUCUGCUACGACGUACCCCUCCGGCGGCGCGCGGGCCUCGUCCCUGGCAUUAGGGAAAAGCUCUAGCGCGAACGCGGCCGCCAGCGCCCAAGAAUUAACCCGCGGCAAGGCGGCGGUCGGAUCGCAGGGAGGAGAGAUAUCGACUGGAAAGGGCGGGGUCGAGCCCUGGGACGAAGACGACCAGGACGGCGGGACGGCCUACGGGGGCGGGGGCGGCCAGGGGCGCGCCGCCGUUGGCGGCGGGGGCGGGGGCGAGGUUGUCGACCCGUGGGUGACCUCACCGUCGAGGAUCUUGAGCGCCGGCGACAGGGAGGACAUCGCCUACGAGGUGAAGGAGAAGGCCGCGGGGACGGGGGAGGACACGGUGGUGCUUCUGCUGAGGAAAACGGAGGGAUUGCCGGAGCCUCUGGUCGGCGUCGAGUUCUCAUUCCUCAAGCUCUCCGUGUCCUUCGAGCGUCGCGACGACGCCAUUCUCACUCUGGCCAGCCUCCUGUACCUGCACCCCCUCAAGUACCGGGUGCUGUCGAGCAAAACGCGCCUCUGCGCUUGCUGCCCCUGGAUCACUCCGCGUGUUGCCUGCCUCAACUUCACGCAUGAAAUGAACGACAACGCUCGUGCGCAACGAAACACCACCGCCAGGCCCCCCUAUACCAGGGGGUACACCAGCCUUGUCCCCGCCCCGUUCGUGGUCUCCGCCACAUCCCAAGGGCCUUUCGAGGAGGCCGGCCUCGAGAGCGGCGAUCUCAUCCUCGCCAUCAACGGCGAACGAUUCGGCGAGGAGAGCUCCCGCUGGUGGGAAAGCACCACCACAGCAGCAGUCUCGCCGCCCCCACCGCCAAACGAAGAAGGUCCCGCCGCCGGAGACGACGGCGGCGGCGGCGCGGGCGGGGGGGGGGGGGGCCCCGCGGUGGCACCGCCGGGGCGCGGAGGUGGCAAGGAGAACCGGGGCGGAGCGUCCAGAGCGGGGCCGAGGAGGGUCGAACUGCCGUUCGUGGAGCUCAGGAUCCUUCGUGCCACGGGCGAGACAAGCAACACAGUCGCGCACGCCGAAAGCCCGGCGGCGGAGAAGGCUUGGGUUGCACUCCGCCUGCUUCAGCAACAGCAAUCCUUGGUGAUCAACAACGUGCUGCCUAAUUUUCUGGACGAAUCCCCCCUCAGCAAACAGGCAAGAACCAGGCGUUGGCCGAUAGCCUCAAGGGAGACGCCGCUGCACUUUCCGCGAAGCUGGACCAGAGGAUGGCUCAAGGGCUGCGAGGACAAAAGGGCCCGCUCACGCCUGUCGCGAAAAAGAUUGCGCGUGGCGGGAUUGAUGCGGGAGGUGGCUGGUGGGCCGUGGGGCCGGGCACGAACGCUCUCCAAACGAUCGAAGCCGUCUCCCCCAAGUGUCUCACCAGGUAGCCGGGGUGGUGCGACGGUGCCACGUUCCGCGUCGCCACCAACCCCUUCCGCGAAAUGCUUGCCGUCAUCCGCGACGGAAACUCCGGCACCCGUACCCGUCGCAACAGCAGCUACCUCUAUAUCUGACGCGACUAGUGGAGGCGCGGGUGUUGUCGCGAAGGCUUCACCUACGGGGAGGAGGUCGGCUUCGCCGCCCCAGGCCCCAGCUCGGACUCGUGCUACCGCUGCCGUUGAUGGUGCCGCCGUCCCUUCCGUCCCCGCUGCCAGCGGAAUCAUGGCCACUGCUGGUGUAUCUGGCCCGCCGGUUAGAGGAGACCGCAACGUUGCCGAGGUUCUUACGUCGGCGGACACAGCAGGAGCCGUGGCAGGGCCGCCGAGGUUUGGCGAUGAAGCGGAGGCCGCUGGAGGAGAGGGGGAUAGCGGUGGUGCCGGCGGUGGCGAGAAGGGGGCCAGGGUUGCCGGGCUUUGCAAUCCCCGGUGCCUCGACGAGUUGCUGGACAGCCUGGUGGAGUAUAGGGAUGAUGAUGGCCGGCCUAUCCUAUACUUCAACGACAACAUCGCUUCCUUCAAAGCCGCCGUGGGCGGCCGUGAAGCCGGCGGUGGCGACAUCCGGCUCCAAGACGAGUGGGACGAGCGAGAAAUGGCGAACCUUCGACAAGCGGGUAGCCGUCAAGCGGAGGCGCAGGCGGCGGCGGAGAUACGUCUCUGGGGGUGCGAAACCGAUGCGGCGGGAGCGCCCACCGGCGCCUCUCCCUCCUCCGCGGGGCACGUAGGACGUGCUGCCACGGCCACGGGUGGCGGGGCAGCGGAGGGAGGGGCGGCAGGUGGGGACGGAGCGGCAGGGGUCGAUGCGGACAACGCGCGGUUUGUGCCUUUCGAGCCCGCUUGUGAUGAGAAGUGGCAGUUGGCUAUGCCGAUGCCGGCUGGCCGCAAGAUGGUGCGUCAACUGAUGUUCGUCAAUGGCGUCGAGGCCGACGAGCUCACGCUAGCUGAGGCAAGCGUUCUCUCCGAGGACGCCCUUAGCCUGGCCCAAGAAGGAGACACCGCCGCGGUGAGCUAUGCAGUCUGUCACGUGUCUGUUCCGAUGGACGAGGCCGAAAUGGCCGCGGCAGCGAAAGCGUCUGCGGCAGCGAAAGCGUCGGUGGCAGCGAAAGCGUCGGUGGCAGCGAAAGCGUCAGUGGCAGCGAAAGCGUCGGCGGCAGUGUCGGCGGUAGCGCAGUCAGCAGUGGCACCAGCGACAGCGGCUGCAGCGCAAAAAGGGACGGCGGCGGCACCACGGAAUGCGGCGAUGGCGGCCGUACCCCCAGCUGUGGUCGCCGGCGACCCGGCACGUCCGAGGGUAGUGGUACCAGCGCUGGCGCCAGUGGCGGCGACAGAAUCGGUGGCUCAGCAGGCCGAAAGAGCGCAAGCAACAGUGGAACCGGCGGCAUCAGGGGGGUCCACAGCACAUACACAAGCAGAAGCUCCUCGGUCGACGAACGCCGUAAACGACUCAGUUGGUCCAGGUCCCGUGAAUGUCGGGGAUGGUCGCGGCUCCGAACCCGCUCCUGGCGGCCCCUCUUCUGACAAGAACGGCAAGCGCCACGAAGCACCAGCACCAGCGCCAGCACCAGCACCUUCUGACAGGAACAGCAAGCGCCGCGCGGCACCGGCAUCAGCCCCGGCAUCAACCCCGGCAUCAACCCCGGCACCAGCCCCGGCACCAGCCCCGGCACCAGCCCCGGCACCAGCCCCGGCACCAGCCCCGGCAUCAGCCCCGGCAUCAGCCCAGGCACCAGCCCCGGCACCAGCCCCGGCACCAGCCGCGGUGGCUGCCGCCACUGGUGGCAGUAGCGGAAGCAGCCCCGUGCCUCAGUCCUCUGUGUCGACCGCACUGCAGCACCGCAAUGAAAUGAGAGAGCAGCGCAAACACACGGCAGAGGCGCUGGCGGACGAAACUCGGGCGAAAAAGGCCCGGGCGGAAGCGCUUAGAAGGCGCAACGAUCCCGAGGUGAAGGCCAAGCGCAAGGCGGCCGCCAAAGCCGCUGCCGCUGAGGUGGCAGAGCGAGCGGUGACAGAGGCCUGUCCUGGGCUUGUAGUGUGGGCCGAUCGUGCGGGCGAACCUUGGCCUUCGUUGAUCCAGAAAAUGUUGCCAUGGAAGCGAUGCCUUGUUCGAUACUUGGGUCCUGUGCGUGGGAGCUCCGCCGAUGAAACCUCUGGCGAGGUGGACGUGUCGUCUUUGGCAAAGUUUCCGGGGGGACUGCCGUUGUGCCAGUUAAUGGAAAAGAUAUCACCGCCGCUGACAGAGCAAGCCACGAAAGAGGAGAAGGAUGCGCACAUCCACGACGAGUUUUUUCUCCCCGUCAACGCGGACAAAAAGGUUCUUCAGCUGGCCAUUGACCACGCGGUACGUCUCUGCAUCGUUCACGGCUGGAAGCAAGGGGUCGACAUGGUCAACGUCAUCAACGGCGAACCUCUCGAUGGGUUGGGACUGAGCAAGAAGCAGCGCGGCACUGAGAGACAGGCAAGGAUGCCUUGUUGUGGUUCACCUGAUUUCGUCCUGCUAUGCCAGGCUAUUGGUUUAGAGCAGGCAAUUGUUGCUGCAAUAUGGAUGGUUCUCCUGAACCCCGCGCGCUCCCUCACCUGUCGCCACCCGUUUCCUCCCUUCCUUCAGAGACGUAUAGAAAGGUUUUUGAAGCAUCCUAGCCAGUGGACGUCGCACGCUGACACCUGGAGCUCGUACGACAGGUUCCGAGUAAUGUUCAACGACAAGGCUGAGGAUGCAGACCCGCUGUGCUUGAAGCUGCGCACUGCCUGCUCCGGCAUAGAACAGUGGAUCAGGAGUACCCUCAAAAGGUGGUUGAUCGAAGGCCGCCGGACGUGGAUCGGUCGAGUAGUUAACUGUGAAAUAGCACUGCGAUGGAUCAUGCUCGGUCCCAACGCCCCGACUCCGCCCGUCCCUCUUGUGGUAUCAAACAGCAGCGGAGAACCUCCAUCCUCGACUCCUACAGCGAUCCCCGCAAUCGGCGCUCCUGCGGCGGUUGCAUCUCAAGCUUCUGCCUCAAAAAGCACACGUGCACAGCCGACGGAAGGGUCGGCAGAUGCUGCCGGAAGUUCAACGGGAAGCAAGAAGGCCACGACGACGCCGGUAACCGACCCGAGCCGGCCAAAAACGUCAUUACGGCCGAUCUCCCCGUUGCAAUCGGAUCAAACAUCCGCCGAUGCUGGCGACGGUAUGACAAUCGGUGACGAUGCAGAGCCUCAUGACGACCCCGGGAACCACUCCACGUCCGGUGAAGGCAAAGAGAGGAUGAAGGGAGGCACACAGCCGAUAGUAUCGCCCCGAGAUUUGGGAGCCGGAACGGGAGUGUCGGGAACAGAGGGUUCGAGCAAUGAUGCGGGCAGCCAGCUUGUCGGUACCGGGAAGGGCAGAGGAACACCGGAGGCGGACAUUGAAGAAGUGGCGAAAUCACAGAGCGACAGCACUUCAGACGCGGGGGAGGGCGCGACACCGGAAGAUGGUGCUGCCGGUGUGCAAACUGCAUCGGGUUUCCGUGCACGGAGCACGGGGGAAGAGCCCUACACAACUGACGAGCUGGUCGCCAGGCUAAACUUCUUGAGUGCGCAGUCUGGCCUGACGUUGGAUGCGGCGCUCUACGACACUUUGAUCGGGCGCCGUGUCGACGUUGACAUAGCGAAGGCUUCUGGAGAAGACACUGUUGCCGCGGAACGCCCUGAGGUCGGCAAGGAUAAAAGCGAUGCUGUUCCGAAAGGCAAAGGCAAGCGCAAGUUGCCGCAUGGAGCCGGGAAGAGCGAACCCAAAGCCGGAGCCUCUGCGAAGGAUGUGGAUACGCACGUAGCUGACAAGAGCGUGACAAUCACUCCCAUCGUGACGGCGCAACCAUCCAAUGUGAAGGGAAGGCUUGAAGAUCCAACUGAAGAGGAGACUUACGGCGAUCGAACAUCGAGGCCUCCCAGCGGCGGUGAGGAGGGCACCGUACUCAGCGCGGCCGUUGCCGCCAGCACUAGCGCGGCGGACGAACCGCGUUGGCAACCGGCAGCGAAGGGCCAGAACGAUUGUCAACCUAUUGGGAAGGAUGAUGGGACCAGCACUCGCACUGCUGCCGCCGAAGAUGACGACGACUUCAGUUGUGGCGACAAUGGCGGCGGUAACGACCAUGUCGAUGACUCGAGUGGUGGGAGUGACUACGGUGAUGGUGUAACGGGUUCACCUCCCCGCAGACCACUUUCAUCAAGGCAACAAGGCGCCUCGAAGCCAGCCAUUGAACGAGCUCGAGCAAAGGCGAUUCUGGGAAAGGCAAAAUCUGACAAUGCCAAGCUAAAAGACAAAAUCCCGACCAGUGUCGGCAGCGGGUCCGGGACAUCGUACUUUAUCCCCAAGAAAAACGCCACUUUUGCUGGCGGGGGCGGCGGCGGUAGCGGGAUGUCCACCAUUUCUAAGCAGCCAAUUCCUCAAAAGCCCGUCAACCUUGAAGUGACUCCGUCUUCACCCGGCAUGGCGGCUGGUGGCACCAGCAAGAGUUCUUGCGCAGCUAUCACCUCGUCAAGUAUCUCUAGCGAUCCCCAUGGUUUGGAAACUGGAGGUAGUUCUUCUUCCACGGGCCUGACGCACCCGCCGAAGCCUAUCGCCGAGGACCGGCCUGAUGCGAUGCGCGGGCUUGAGCAGAACGCUAGCCAUCGGGACGCUGUCGAGGAGGAGUGCCGGCAGAAACUCGGCACAGGAGGGGCGUAUCUCGGCACGCCGAGUAGGAACAGAAUCUGGGAGAAGUUGCAACGCACUAGCGAGCAGAGCAACCGCUUGCGGGAGAGAAAGGUCAAGAUCAUGAAAUCUCUGCUAGCCAAGUGUGCAAACGGCGACAGCAGUGACAACGACGACCACGACGAUGACGAGGACAACAGUGGCGAUGACGACGAUGGCGACGACGGUGGUCGGGGCCGCUUUGGCACUUCCUUGGACUCAGCCCGAACCGACAUCAAGGUCACACCAGUUUGGCUAAGCAACCUCCCCGUGAUGACCCAGUCAGUCGUCCGCGAGGCACCAGUGCUAGCACCAGUCGUAGUUUCAAGAAUCGGGAGGACGGGAAAAAGCGGGGUGGCGAUAGAGACGGCGGCGGUCGCGGAAAGGACGGCGGCGGCGGCGGCGGUGGGGGUUCCUUGCAGCGAGACGGGAAACGCCACGACAAUGACACACUCCCGAGGAAGAGCGGGGACCGCAAGCAAAGCAAAGGCGAUCGCGAUCACCGGGAGCGGUCAAGGCAAGAGCGCGUCAGGACCGAUCGCAUUGGUGACAAGCGGCGAAGAAGCGUGUCAUCGAGCGUCGACAGGGACAGAUACAAUCGCCGCGAGAAAAAGGCAAAAGCGAAACGGCGUUCGGCCUCGCGAGAAAGAUCUUCCUCCCGCGCCGGCGGCGGCCGCGAUAAGUUCGCAAAACACAGGGGUGUGUCGGGCGAAAGCACGAGAUCUCCGACUUCUCGAAAACGCCGCCGAAGGUCUAGCAGCAAUGACUGCACGGAAGGGACCACGGGUGGAGGCAGCGCCGUCCGGGCCUCCGCCUCCGACCGGCCUAGCGCCGCCACCACCAGUUACCGACGCACGACAGCACGGCUUCCUUGGCCCUGUACCAUUCACUCAGCCGCUGUACGUGCCCUCGGGCGCUGCUGCUGCCGCUGCUGCUGCUCCGGACGCGGCAGGGGCUGCUGCCGCUUUGAUCAGCAGUCGUGAUGCUGCGCCUUCAGCUGUGCCGGUGUCUCAGCUCGGGUGUCGGCCUUUUCCUUCCUUGCAGACCACUGCCACCGCCACCCCCAUCACCGCCCCGACUGGCCCUCGGGCAAUGAUCGGUCCGGCGGGCCCUCCUCGGUUUUCUCCGCAGCAGUUGAACGAGGCCAUGGCGACGAUCAACCAGGCAGCAAUGAUCAACGAAACGGGAGCGAUCAACAAGGCAAGAGCAAUGCUUGCGUCGAGGCGGCAAAACCCACCCCCUUCCGCUACCCAAGCUCCUCAGCUCCAUGUUUCAGCUCCCUCGCCUCUCGUUCCAGUGUUCAUUCCAGAGAAUCACAGACAUCAGCGGAGCGGAAGUCAGUCCUUGCACUCCGGGAGCAGCCGAAGCCAUGAUCGCGGUGACAGCCCCGGGCCUCAGCAUCACCAAUACGGCGGGCCGCCGCCCCCUUCUAGGCCGUACCAUCCGUGGUAGUCGCUCAGGCUCAUCACCGGUCAACGGUCAAUGUAUGAGGCUCGGGUCAUCCGCUGCAAGCCAAGGAAGGAGCGCGCUGGUGUCGGGCGUACGUUACCGUCGUACCGAAGCCGCGUGGGUGUAUCGGCCACAGGGUGAAGAGGUUUACCAGGCUAGACGAUAAUUCAGCAUCAUCAUAUUGAUGCGCACGAUUUGAGAUUCAAGGAGCAGGGAGUUUGGGUUUUCUUUGAACAUGAGUCCUUGCGGCGGUUGGCGCUGAUUGCGCCAUCCGUACCCAUUGUUGGUGUCGACGUAUCCCAGUAGAAGAAACUCUGGGCGGUGGCCACAAACAAACGCACGCUUGCUAGUAGUCCCAGGAGGGGAUCCUACAAAGGCCGAAGAGCACCUACUACGGCAGGUGGCCAGCAUGACUGGGACGAACGUCAGGUGUUGUAGAAUCAACAGCGUGAGCUGCUUUCAGGCUGCAUUAGUAUCUCUAGGGCUACUCAUUGGCCUUGUGAAUCUGUCCAUUAGGCGAAUAUAUUCCACGCUGUAUUUUUCUGGUUGUUUCGCUUGUCCAGUUCUUUUUUCAUCUCCAUGUCGACUCGUAGCGUUUGUUUGGCGAUAGAGAUGCUUUUUUUUUGCUUGGGCUGGCCAAGAUAAAGGCUGUUUAGUGGGAUCGUGUGUACACGCACAUGUUCCGUCUAGAGGGAUCGUAUGCACAUGUAUGCACGCGAAGACAUGGAAAAUCUCAAGCUCGGGUAGAGCUUGGGUCUAUCGAACUAAUUUCACUCCUUCUGUCGCCAUCGUCAUU